AGGGUUUUCCCUCAGGAAACAGGAAUGGACUAGAGAAAGUUACUUAUAACAGUAAAAAAUUAAGGCCAUUUUUCUCCAUCUGCCGCAACAGGAACACCGCCUAGAGCUUAUAAGCCGAAAUGGGGGAGGGGUGUGUGUGGACAGGAUUGUUGGCUGCAAAAUACCAAAUGAAAACUGCAAAAUCAAAAUCCACUACCAUUUAAUUGUGUCUAUAAAACGUAACCUUCUUCCAACUAGCCAACUGCAACUUGGCUCAGCUGGAGUUGAGCACAUAUUAUACUUAAUGUGGGGUACGGGUCUGCUUUAAUACAUCUGCGAUGAUGGAGGGUGGGGUGCAGCCUUGGAAAGCAAGAGGACCCAGCCUAGGUCUAAAAAUAGUUCUGCCCACUAUUCUGUCUUCACAGCCUCUCCAGGAGUUGGAAAGAGAAUUUCUUCUCCGCAAUGAAUGGAAGGGAAAUUUGAGGUGGGAGAGGGUGAGGGGUGACUGUGGCAGCUGUGGGAGCAUUUGCUGAAUGCCUAUUGUACUUGGCUCUCCUGGAGUCAUCAUCCCAACCCCCUGAGGCAGGGCUGUCACCCCCAUCUCACAGAUGAAGAAACUGAGCCUCGCCGGGGUGGAGUCUCUCGUCCCACAUCACUGUGGUAGGAAGAGGCAGCGCUGGCAUCUGGGGCCAGGGCUGGCUGCUGUGAGAACCCAGGCCUACCCCGUAGUCCUUUUUUUUUUUUAAGUGCUACGUGGGCCUCUCACUUUUGUGGCCUCUCCCGUUGUGGAGCACAGGCUCCAGACGCUCCGCGGCACGUGGGAUCUUCCCGGACUGGGGCACGAACCCGUGUGCCCUGCAUCGGCAGGCGGACUCUCAACCACUGCGCCACCAGGGAAGCCCCUACCCCGUAGUCUUGCUUCACAUGUCGUUAGGGGAGAGAGGAGGGUGAGACGGAGAACUAACUGAUAACAAACAAGCUGGGAGAAGUAGGGAUCGUCACUUGAGUUCUGCAGACGAGGAAAUUGAGUUGGCUCGGAUUUGGGAAGUCAUCGGACCUACGUCACAGAGCAAGUAAAUGCCACAGUGGGAUUCUGGGGACCCUGGGUUCCUGGCAGCCUAAGAGGCGGGCAGAAGGGAGUGGAGGGAAGGGUCGGCAGAGAAGUAAAGCCCCAGAGGAGCUCUGGGGGUUGUGGUACCUGCCCAGGGCUGACUUCCCUUUCCUGGGCCUUGAAUCUCACAGGCCCCAACCUGCCUUCCCCACCCUCCUGCCUGCCCCUUCAGCUGGCAGCAGCCCCACCUGUGUGACGUCCCAGUCCCCCCACCCCGCUCCUUGGAAUGAUGAAGGGAGGGGCCAGAAGGGGCCAGGGUCCCACCUGGACUUGGGCUGUGGGGAGGGAGGGGCUGGGAGAUGAGGAUAGAGAGGGAUUUAGACACAGAAAUGGAGGGAGGGAGAGAAAGAGACAGGGAUGGAGGCAGGCAGAGACAGAGACACAAAGAAAGAUAUAAAGCAUUAGAGGAGAUGUGCAGAGAGACACGGGGAGAGAAGAACAGAGUUAGACAAAGAGAAAAAGGCCCAGAGAGACAUAGGAACAGAAAGAAAAAUGACACACACAUACAUACACACAAAGAAUUAUAGAAAUGUGGGAGAGGUAAAGAGAGACAGGGAAGGAUGCAGACAGACGGACGGACACAGAGGUGUGGGGAAACAGAGAAGCAGAGAGAAGAGGGGCUUGGGGAGGUGACAGUGACAGGUGGGCAGCACCUCCAAGGCCCAGGGCUGGACUGGGGAGGGCUCCCACACACCCCGCCCCCAGGGCAGUAAGGCAGGGUUGGGAAGCCCAGUCAUCCUGGGCCUGCGAGGGAGUGGGUGUGUGGUGAGGGGGCACCCCUGCCUGCUCGCCUUCCUGGUGCCUCCUGCUCCGAGACCCAGCCUGCCGCGUCUGCCACCACUGCCAGGCCCCCAGAGCCCGUGAGUCCAGAAGGGAAGGGAGGGCUCCCCUCCAGGCACCUGCCCUGCCGAGUGUGCCAGGCCUCUGCCCCAGCAUCAUUUCUCCUUCUGCUCUGUACUUCUUGGGGUGGGGGGGAUUGUGUCUCUCUGCCUUGAUCUGCAUCUCCAGCAGCUGCCCCCCAACCUCAGUGUCCUGCAACCCCACCUUCGGUCACUGAGUCCAACCCUCCAGCCCCACUCCCGCUGGCCAGGGCAGCUAAGGGCACUGGCCCUUCCAGUGAUCAGCCCUUCUCUGCCUCACUGUUCUUCAAAGGGGCAGGGGUUCAGCAGGGUGGGGGCCAGAAUGAUGUCCCAGGCCGAGCCCCCUACUGUACCCCAGGUAGCCUUCAAAGGGCUCGUAUCACCCUGGCGUGGUUACUGAAUGGAGCCUGGUUCCCUUUAUCCUCCCACCCCAAGCUGCUGGGCCCCAGGUCUCAGGUGGGUAAGAAGGAAAACAUUUUCCAAACCACCUACGAGGUCCCGUGGCUGAUUUAAACGGAGCCAGCCUGUCGCUUGCCCUGGGCAAUGCCUUCCCAGCAACUUGGGUAUGAGAGGCUCUAACUGGGAUUAGGCCCCUGCAAGGCCACACUCCAUACCAAAGAUUUAUUUUAAAAGUUUGGAGGUUGGGAUGCUGUGCAAGCCAAGGGAUUCCUCACACCUGGUUGUUUCUCCCUGGGGGGAGCUGGAGCAGGCAUGGGGGAGAGAGAGGGCGUGAACCAGCCCUAAAUCUCCCCAUGGAGUGAUUUGGCCCCUUGUCCCUCCUUGUUCCCAGAAGAACCUGGGGCCUGCCCUGCCCCGCUCCAGGCCAUGAUGAUUCUGCAAUUAAUCAUGUUUACUCUGGUGACAGGACAUGUAGGGGGAGAGACCAGGAUCGAUAAAGGAUAUGAGUGCUCUCCUCAUUCCCAGCCGCCCUGGCAGGCGGCUUUGUUCCAGAAAACACAGCUGCUCUGUGGGGCAACCCUCAUCGCCCUCAAAUGGCUACUGACGGCAGCCCACUGCCACAGGCCCUGAUAUGUAGCUCAUCUGGGAGAACACAACCUCCAGUGACGGGAUGGCUGUGAGCGCACCCGAGGAGCCACUGAGUCCUUCCCCCACCCAGACUUCAACAGUAGCCUGCCCAAAAAAGCCCACUGCGAUGACAUCACGCUGCUGAACAUGGUGGCCCCAGCCUUCGUCAUCUGGGCCGUGCGACACAGGGUGUCAUCACACUGUGUCACUGCUGGCACCCGCUGCCUCAUUUCCGACAGGGGCACCACGUCCAGCCCCCAGUUGCACCUCCCCCAUACCUAGCGAUGUACCAACAUGACCAUCAUCGAGCACAAGGAGUGUGAGGACGCCUACCCUGGGGACAUCACAGACACCAUGGGAUGUACCAGCGUUCGAGAAGAGGGCAAGGACUCCUGCCAGGGUGAUUCUGGGGGCCCACUUGUCUAUAAUGGGUCUCUUCAAGGCAUUAUCUCCUGGGGCCAGGAUCCAUGUGCUGUCAGCAGAAAGCCCAGGGUUUACACAAAGGUCUGCAACAUGUGGUCCGGAUCCAGAAGACUAUAGAGAACAAUUAGCCAGGACCAGCUCAUCACGGCCCAAUCCCCUGAUCCCUACUCGGUGCUGCGGUACCUGUUCAUUCUGUUAAUAAUGAAGCCUGAGCCAGGACCCCUUUAUAUACUUUUCUGGGGGCCUUCUUGACUGUGAGAGAUACUGUACCUUAAUAAUCAAUUUGGGGUUAGGAGACCUGGGUUCUCCUCCUGCCUCAUACUAACUUGUGACUCUGGGAGUGAAAAUAGUUGUUUGGUUCACUGUUGUACCUACAGUCUCAAACACAAUUCCUGGCACACACCAAGGUUUCAGUAAAUAUUUACUAAACAAAUGAAUCUUUUGAAUGCUUACUACGUGCCAGACCCUGGUCCAAGGGCUUUUAAAUGUAUCGACUGACGUAAUCUUCACAAAACCCUGCAAGGUUGGUACUAUUAUUAUUAUACCCAUUUUGCAGCUGAGGAAACUGAGGCACAGAGAAACGAAGUCACCCGUUCACGAUCACAGAGCCAGCAAGUAGAAGAGCAAGGAAUCUGAAGCAAGGUGAUUUCUUAACUGACAAGCAAUACUACCUUGAUUAAGGCUCCAUUCCCUGGGACUUCCCUGGUGGCGCAGUGGUUAAGAAUCUGUCUGCCAACGCAGGGGGUAUGGGUUCAAGCCUGGUUUCGAGCCCUGGUGUAAUGAAGACCCAACGCAGCCAAAAAUAAAUAAUUUUUUUUUUCAAAAAAGACUCCUUUCCUUAUCUGUAAAAUCGUGCAUGCAAAAGUACGAUAGUACACAAAGUCAGUCAGCCUGCACAUAGCUAAGACCCAAUAAAAGGGAGCGAUCGUUGUUUUCUUUCCAACCUCUGCAAUAGGUAAUAGGUAGUUCAUCAAGACCUGAGCAGGUCAGUACAGUAGCCACUAACCAUACAUGGCUAUUUAAAUUAAAACUGCCUAAAGUCAGAAAUGUAAUUCUUCAUCUAGAGGGGUGGGAUAGGGAGGGUGGGAGGGAGACGCAAGAGGGAAUGGAUAUGGGGAUAUAUGUAUAUGUAUAGCUGAUUCACUUUGUUAUACAGUAGAAACUAACACAUCAUUGUAAAGUAACUAAACUCCAAUAACGAUGUUAAAAAACUUUUUUUAAAUUUUUAAUUAAAAAAAUAAAUGUAAUUCCUCAGUUGCACUCGCCACAUAUCAAAAGCUCUCUAGCCACAUGUGGCUGGUGGCUACGGCGUUGGAUAGCACAAACGGAGCACUUCCAUCACGGUGGAAAGUUCAACUGAACGGCGCUGUGCUGGACAACCUCUAG